AUAUAUAUGUACUACAGUGUACUGUAGAUACCAGGUACUCAGAUACCAGGUGAGGUCUGUCCAGGGUUAGUUCCAGGUCUCAUAUGGUGGGGGUUUCCAAGGUAACUUAAUCUGAUUUUGGUCUUUCCAGGGUCCGAACUCUGGGCCCAUGAUGCACGGGAUGGGGCAGCAGGGGCCCAACAGCAAAGACCCUCGGGGGCCUCCGCAGAACCACCACAUGGGCCCUCCGGACCGGCAGGGCCCGGGGCCGCCGGACCAGGGCUCGGGGCCGUACUGGGGCGACAACCAGCAGGGGCGACGUGGUCCGCAGGACUUUGACGGAGGCCAGGACUUCCACAGCCGAGGAGAGGAGGGCUGGAGACCGGGACCGGGAUUCCAGGGCGGAGCCGGGGGGGGACACAGGGGGGGAGGGCCCCGAGGAGGGGGGGGCAACGGAGGGAACUGGGGCCCCGACGAGAGGUUCACCGGCGGAGAGUUCAGGGGCCGCAGAGACGACAGGUUCAGAGGCGGCCCAGGCCGGCCCGGCGGUCGUGGUUACAACGAGGACUACGGCGGUCCAGAGGAGGGCUUCGAGGGUCCCGAUGAGACGAUUGGUCGAGGCUACGGAGGCCGAGGGAGGCCGCCUCGGGGGGGCGGCCCACCCAGGGGGGGUGGAGGUGAGAGACCGCUUCUCCACCAUAUCUUCUAA